GACUACAACAUAGACUCGGCGAAAGGGCGAAAACCGCAACUGAAGUCUGAAACUCGCGCACAAGGGGAUGGCUAGAGCGAGUCGCGAGAUAGUGCUGACGACGUGAGCAGCCAGUGGCUAAUGGUAGCUCUCUUGCGUCGUCUGCAAGUUUGACACGUUACCUAAAAAUAAAUACAUCCUGCGGACACUUGCGUUAAAAUCCACAACACAACGUCAUCGUGCGUAUACCUACUGCGCUGCGUGUGUGUCAUUCAGUAUAGCUAUCUCUGCUGUCCGCGAGUAUCCGAUCAAUCGAAGCAAGAUUCGUGCGCGCACUCCACGUCGACCCCGACAAUACGGAGUCGAGGGACUGUCGCGGAUUGACAGGCUCGUCGCUGCUCUGAGGAGCCCGGGACACCAGCAGGACCAGCCAAAAUUCGCAGGAGAAUGUCGAAGAUCGAGGAGGCGAACGCCCACAUACGGCAGGCGGAAAAGAGCCUGAAGACGACGUUUCUCAAGUGGAGGCCCGAUUACGAUGUCGCCGCGGACGAGUACUCGGCUGCAGCCACUUGUUUUCGCGUCGCCAAGAACUAUCAGCAAUGCAAGGAUUGCCUUAUGAAGGCUGCUGAUUGCUUCAAGCAAAACAGAUCCUGGUUCCAUGCAGCAAAGAAUUACGAGCAGGCUCUUUUAGUUUUGAAAGAAAUGAAUCAAUUAGCAGAAGCACCCAGUUUGGCACAUAGGGCUUGUUCACUCUACGAACAGCACGGUUCUCCAGAAUCUGGUGCAACAGUUCUGGACAAAGCAGCAAAAAUGCUGGAAGCUACUCAGCCAGAGCAGGCAUUAGAAUUGUACAAACGAGCAUCUGAUGUUGUUAUGGGAGAAGACAGUCCCAGGCAAGCUGCUGAAUACAUGAGUAAAGUUGCUCGAAUCUUAGUAAAACUUGGUAUGUAUGAUCAAGCAGCUGAUGCCGUCCGUCAAGAAAUUGGCAUGCAUCAACAAAUUGAUCAUCAACCAUCAGUGGGAAGAUUAGCAGUAGCAUUAGUUUUGGUUCAGCUAGCAAGGGGAGAUCAGGUUGCAGCUGAAAAAGCAUUUAAGGAAUGGGGAAAUUACUGUGAUGCACCAGAGGUACAAACUUUAGAAAUGCUAUUACAAGCAUAUGAUAACGAAGAUGCAGAUGCAGCAAGAUCAGCACUUAAUAGUCCAUUUAUUAAGCAUAUGGAUGUAGAAUAUGCAAAGCUUGCUCGAGGUCUUCCAUUACCACAGCAAGAGUAUGCUGUACCACCAGUUGGUGUGCGAGCGAAUGCUGCCCCUUCAUACAUAUCGCCUAAUGCCAAUAAAUUAACAGGUCAGGCGACCGUUGAAGCAGAAGUCAAUCAAGAAGAGAAAGUCUCUUCACCUAAUUAUGAAGAAGAAGAGGACGAACCCAGUAAACCCACUCCAGUUGCAGAAUCUGAACCUGCACCUCAACCUGAAACUAGUCCACCACCUGCUCCAGCAGUAACACAGGAAGAAGAAGAAGAAGAAGAUUAUGAAGGCGGAUUAUGUUGAUCUCGGAAAAUUCUUAAUAAUUCGAUUGUAGCUAUAGUUCAUAUAGCUAUGUCAAGCCAAUUUACUGUUUAUUGUCUUCAUAGAUUAUGUGCUGUGUUGAUUCAUGAAAAAAUUUUAAAAAAAGCUUAAGCGUAUACAAAUUGUUUAAAACUAAACCCCAUCUUGCACAUUGAAAAUGUAUAUUACUCUCAGAGUCACACAGCUAAAAUAUGUUGAUUAUGAAAUUUUUUUAAGUAUUUAGCUUUGAUGACAUUCUUGGGAAAACAAUUGAUCAAUUCACAAUAUAAUUAUAAUGAUGAUUGAUUGUCUCACAGUUACAGAUAUGCGAUUCUGAACUCGUGUCGAGUGCACCGCAAAUAAAAAAUGUUAUAAUUACUGAAAUGUAUAAGCCUAAAGUGAAAUGCAUUUAUUCUUAAACAAACCUAGAAA